UUCCUGCUGCUGCCGAGAGCAGCAGAGCCAACGGAGCCUGGGAAGGACAGGGAGGACAGAGCAGAGACCAGAGACCAGAGACCAGGAACCAGGAACCAGGAACCAGAGACCAGAGACCAGAGACCAGAGACCAGAGACCAGAGCUGAGGCAGCAGGAACCAGAGAGGUUGCCAUGGGAAACACGGACAGUCACGGCAGCUUCGGUUCCCCCGCCAAGCCUUCCGGCGCUCUCCGCUUUUCCUCCAAGCGGGAGGAGGUGGUGUCCCCCCAGACCUGGUGGAGGACCAGGGAGAGGAGCUACCAGAGCCGGGGUGCACCGGGACCGCCUUACACCUCCUGGCGCUACGAGGACGCCCCCAGAACCCCCCGCCCCCCCGCCGGGGCCGGCGGCGGCAGCCCCAAGGUGCUGCUCAGCAAAGGCAUGAGGGUGGAGUUCACCAACGCGCGGGGGGUCGCCGUGGAGACGCCGGGGCUGCCCCCCCUCGCCGCCACCGCCGCCGGCCCCGAGCCGUCCCUCCGCACCAGCAAGGGCAGCUCCCUCAGCUCGGACGGGUCCUGGUACGACUCGCCGUGGGGCGGCGGCGAGCUGACGGACAGCGUGUUCGUCUGUGGGCGGAGCCUGGACACCAGCAGCGGCUACAACAGCUACUCCUCCACCCGCACCGAGCAGGCCGCCGCCUCCCCGGGACGCGGCUCCGCCCUCCUGUUCCCCGUGGCGGAGGCGCCCGCCGGCGGCGGCGGCGGCUGCCGCACCUGCUCCUCCGGCCGCACCGAGGACAGCGGCAUCGGGGACUCGGUGAUCCUGCCGCCGGACCUGUCCCCCCCCCGUCUCGCCGCUUUCCCCCCCGUCCCGGAGACCGGUCCUGAUGAUGUCAUCCCGGAGGAGGCGGGGCCGCCGGGGGGCGCGGCGCAGCGGUACAACGCCUCCACGCUGCCCAGGACCGCCGGGACCAGGAAAGACUUCCUGAAGAGUCGGAUCAGACGCCUGAGCGACUGGACGGGGAGUCUGAGCCGGAAGAAGAGGAGGAUGCAGGAGCCGAACGGCAGUGAGACUGACGACGUCUUCGUGAACGGGCUGAACUCCGGACCGGACGGUUGCGGUUCCGUGUGGUCCUCCAACCCCCUCUACCCCCAGAACCAGAACAGGUUCCCAGAACCGGCCCAGAACCAGAACCAGAACCAGAACCAACUACUCCAGAACGCUCAGCGCCAGAACGUCUACGAGAACUUCAUGCAGGAGCUGGAGACGGGCUGCAGCGGGACGGAGCGGACCGGGACCUCGGGGGGGGACGAGGACGAAGACCUGGACCUUGACCUGGGGACAGAGGGGGGACCGGGGGGCCCGGUGGAGGUCCUGCUGGACCAGGAGCAGGGCCUGGUCCGGCGGGCCGGGUGGCUCUCCUUCAAGGCCCUCAUCACCAUCAACAAGGACCGGAGGCUGGAGCUGGUGACCCGCCGCAGGUGGAGGAAAUACUGGGUAACGCUGAAGGGCUGCACUCUGCUGUUCUACGAGACGUUCGGGCGGGGCGGCGGCGGUGAGCAGGAGCCGUCCCCCCGCUACGCCCUGCUAGCCGAGGACAGCAUCGUCCAGGCCGUCCCCGAACACCCCAGGAGGGAGCACGUCUUCUGCCUGAGCAACUCCUGCGGGGACGUCUACCUGUUCCAGGCCACCAGCCAGACGGACCUGGAGAACUGGGUGACGGCGGUCCACUCGGCCAGCGCCGCCCUGUUGGCGCGGCGCCAGGGCCGGGACCAGGACCAGGACCAGGAUCAGGACCAGGACCAGGACCAGGGCCGGGACCAGGGCCGGGACACGCUGCGGCUGCUGAGGCGCCACAGCCGCUCGCUGCUGCACCGCAUCGACAUGGACGGGAAGAUGAAGAAGAUGGCUGAGCUGCAGCUGUCCGUCAUCAAGGAGCCCAGGAGCCGCAAGGCUGUGGAGAGCCAGAUCCAGCAGUGGGAGCAGAACCUGGAGAAGCUGAACCUGGACCUGUUCCGGUUCCGCUGCUACCUGUCCAGCCUGCAGGGCAGCGAGGGCCCCAACCCCAAGAGCCUGCUGGCCGCCGCCAGCCGGGCCUCCAAGAGCAUGCUGGGCCGGCUGGGCGUCUUCUCCGUCUCCUCCUUCCACGCCCUGGUGUGCAGCCGGGAGGAAGUGACAUCACGGCAGUGGCGCCGGUCCCUGGCAGGAGGAACAGGCCGGAGGACGGGCCUCCCUUCCUCCCUGAAGGCCUUCACCGUCCUGGACCCACGCAGGCGGGAACCAGAACCGGCAGGACCUCAGCUCCUGGAAAGUUUCAUCUCUGCGUCUUCAGCUCCCCGGGAACCUUUCACCUGCCGGUCAAAGGCGCAGGCGCAGGCCGGGGCUUCCAGGCGGAGGGCGGCGGCGCCCUCUUCAGGCCACGCUGCAGUCCUGCAGGUCUGUGGGGAGCAGGAAACUCCGGACCUCAGAGUUCUGUCCCUGGAGGUCUGGAGACCCCACCAGGACCAGGACUUCGGUUUUGCGGUGACGGGUCACGUGGACGGAUCCGGUCGGAGUCGCGUCUCCGUCAGCGAGGUGCAUCCGCUGGGACUGUCGGCCAGAGCAGGUCUCCGGGCCGGGGACGAGGUCCUGGCGGUGAACGGGGUCGCCGUGUCCGGUCUGGACCUGGACCUCCUCCAGAGUCUGUUCCGGCACCAGAACCUGCAGCUGCUGCUGAGGAGAGACGAGUCGCCCGGCGCCGCCUGGCCCGACGGCAGCGGCCCUGCUGACUCGUGCUGGCGACCGCCCGACCGCUGCAUCUGGAACCCGGGUCUGCAGGGUCCACCGGGUCCACCGGGUCCGCCGGGUCCACCAAGUCCGCCAGGUUCGCUGCUGGUCCCUGCAGCGGCUGAUGCCCCGCCCCCGGAUGUCAACGUUGCCAUGACGACGCCAUUGGAGGAUGCAGACACACCUGAACAGAACGUGGAACGCGUCUCUUCGCUGUACCAAACCUUCCCAGAGUACCGAGCGGCGGAGGCCGACGCCCCCAAGAACCCGUACUGCAGAGAGGCCGGCGUGCCGAGCCCCGCCCACCCGAGCCCCGCCCACCUGGGGGCGUGUCAGCGGCUGCGUAACGUGAUCCAGGAACUGGUGGACACUGAGAAGUCCUACGUCAAGGACCUGAUUUUCCUGUUCGACAUCUACCUGACGCCCCUGCAGGACCAGACCUUCCUCAGCAAGGACGAGAUGGAGGCCCUGUUCGGCAGCCUCCCCGAGAUGCUGGACUUCCAGAGGGUUUUCCUGCAGACGCUGGAGGAGAGAAUCGCUGCCUGCCCCGACAUCAGCAGCCUGGAGACUCCUGGACAGUUCAAGAAGCUGCUCUUCUCGCUCGGCGGCUCGUUCCUUUACUACGCCGACCACUUCAAGCUCUACAGCGGCUUCUGCGCCAACCACAUCAAAGUCCAGAAGGUUCUGGAGAGAGCAAAAACCGACGGGGCCUUUAAGCACUUCCUGGACGCCCGGAAUCCGACCAAUCAGCACUCGUGGUCUCUGGAGUCUUUCCUGAUCAAACCGGUCCAGAGAGUCCUGAAGUAUCCGCUGCUGCUGAGGGAGCUGGUGUCGCUGACGGACGCCCAGAGCCCCGAACACGCCCACCUGACAGAGGCGCUGAGGGCCAUGGAGACGGUGGCCAGUCACAUCAACGAGAUGCAGAAGAUCUACGAGGACUACGGCUGCGUCUUCGAGCAGCUGGCCGCCGAGCAGAGAGACAGACAGGUGACGGAGAUCUCCAUGGGGGAGUUCCUGGUCCACUCUCCGGUGGUCUGGCUGAACCCGCUGCCGUGUCUGCGCCGCCUGAGGAAGGAACCAGAACUCACGCUGUUCGUGUUCCGGAGGGCCGUGAUCCUGGUCUACCGGGACAACAAGCUGAAGAAGAGGAUGGCCGGGCCCCGCCCCGCUGAUCUGGACCCCUUCAGGUUCCGCUGGUUGAUCCCAGUUUCAGCCGUCCAGGUCCGAGCAGCAACUGGCCCGGCCGACCCGUGCGUCUGGGAGUUGGUCCACGGCCGCUCGGAGGUGGAGGGCCGACCAGAGACGGUGUUCCAGCUGCUCAGCAGCGGCCCGGAGACGAAGGCCGGCGUCCUGGCGGCGCUGCGCUCCCUGGUCAGGGACCGGUCCUCCGGCGGCUCCCUGAGGUCCAGGACGUCCACGGCCGAGCGGAGCGGCUCCUGGAGGAGGAGGCAGCAGCGGCGGACGCCCCCGCAGGGCCCGGAGGAGAACCGGCGCCCCGGGUCCGGGUCCGGGUCUGGGUCCGGGUCCGGGGCCCUGGCAGAGACCUGCUCCGAGCCGCUGCUGCCGAGCCACGGCGGCGGCGGCCCCGCCCCGGCCGGCAGGAGGACCCGGCUCUGCUCCCUGACCAGCGAGCUGGAGAAUCAGCUGCAGAGGCUGAACUUCACCGAGGAGCGGGAGGCCACGCCCCCCACCGGCGAGGGCGCGGGGCCUCGGGGGCCUCAGGGGCCCCGGGGGCGGAGUCACGGGGCCGCCGAGCCGCUGGACUUCAGCAGCCUCCUGGAGCGGGACUUCAGCGUCUACAGCCUGGCCUCCAUGAUCAACGAGGACUGCUUCUACGACCCGGCGCUGGGCGAGCGGGCGAGCCCACGCCCGGCGUCGCCGCGCCGCUGCGACGCGGUGGACCAACCCAUGACGCCGAGACACUUGUUUUAACGGACCAAUGAGCUCCUGGAGAUCAGGACGGCACUGAACUGAGACUCACGGACACAGACCUCCGUUUCUUCUGGAACCUCCACCUCCGGUUGUUUUCCCGUUAGCAUGUAGCACAGCUAGCCUCCGGUACAUUCAUGCUACCGAGAGGAUUUCUUAAAUAUGAACUUUACGUUUACAAAUCUCCAGAUUGCCGCAUCGUCGUGGAUCAUCUUUACAACACGUGGCCCCUGAAAACGGGAUCUCUCUUCGGAGCCUCCAAGAGCCAGAAAUGGUCCCGAGAACCACAGUUAGCAUAAACACCACCUAAUAACUGUUGAAGCAGAUGCAUGAUGGGUAAAAACUGUGGUCCUGUUCAUUUUUCCAUCGAGGCACUUGCACCAGGUGACCCGGUAGCUCGGAACCUAAACUGAACUCUUCUUCUACUGAAGUAAACACCUGUUUUACUGCAUUUAAGAGGUUCUUUUAGAAAAAACGUCUUUAUUCUGAAGCUCCUACCAUUUUGGAGCCGCCGGGUCUCCUGGGAAAAACCCUAAACUUUAGAAACUUCAAACAAUUUUCAUAAAAGUCUGAAUUUAAAAUAAAAAAAAGAUUCAGGAGGAAGGAAUGAAGAUAAAACCGUUUUAAGAUCGUUAAAAAAGAGAAAUGUCAUUUUAUGGGGAAUUUUUUAUUGAUUAUUUAAUUAAAAACAGUGCUAAAGUAUGUUUUACUGAAAGUAAUUUCACUGAUAAAAUAAAUCUUUAUUCCCAAAUUACUGCGAUAGUUUUGGCUGAAAAAAAAAAGUAAAAUUGAGAGGCAGAUUUUCCUCGAACAUUUUUCUUUGUUUUACUCUUUAUGUAAAUUUCUAUGGAAGAGUAUCAGGGCCAUGCAGGAGAAAAAAUAUUUGAGAGGGGAAGAUUUUUUUUUAUUGUGCACUUCGAGAAAAAAGUCGAGAAAAAAGUUGAAAUGUCGAGAUUAAUGUUGAAAUACAAUUUCAAGAAUAAAGUCAAAAUUUUGUGAAUAAAGUCGGAAUUUUGAGAAUAAAGUUGAAAUACAUUUCGACUUUUUUCUUGAAAUUGUACUUAAACAUUUUUCUCAACAUUUCGACUUUUACUUUUUUCCACGAAAUGACCAUAUUUUAAAAACUAUAUUCUGAUUUAAAUGUAGCAAAAUGAGUCUUUUUAUCUCCAUCUUUCAACACUUUCAUCACACGCAGCUGGAAACAGGAUUUAAGCAGCUUUUAUUCUGAAUUACGAGGUUUUUUCACUAAAAUCACAGAGACUUCUGGAUGUACAGUAGUUUUUCUGAAAUAUCACCUCUUGGUGCCGCUGACGUGUCGGAGUUCUCAUCGACGAAAACAGUUCCUGGUCCAGACCAGGAACUGCUGCUUCACAUGGGAGCCUCCCUCUUCGCCGUGUUUACGUCUAGCAGCUCUGAUUCUCUUCAUAAGUUAUUUUAUGAACUGAUGAAAUGUUUAGUAAUUUAUUUUCUUAAAUGUGUUUUUGUAACGCGACGUUGCUGAAGAUCAACAUUCAGCUACAAAUGUCAUUAAAGGGAUUUUAACCCUCAUCUUCUGCCUGAACUUCUUUCUUCAGUCUC